CACAAAGCUCCGCAGCUCACCACCAACGUCAGUUGCCCUCAGAUUAAACGACUGCUACACAACCGUCCACGAUAUCUUGACUUCAUUGCAGACAUUCAGCGUCCUCUCAUUCAUUCCCUGUAGCCAUGGCGGACCGGGAAGCAAGAUUCAAUCAGGGUGUCCUGAUCGACACUACCCCGAUGCCCGACCAUAUUCCCAAAGUCAAGGAGAUCGGAGCCAGUUCCGCCCCGUUGAUGAGCGCGUCUUAUUUCAUCGGUGCCCGGUGUCGAGCAUACAACGACGACUACAUGCAGUGCAAAAAAGAGUCUUAUGGACGAGGAGAACUCGACUGUUUGAAAGAAGGUCGAAAGGUCACACGGUGUGCGGCGAGUGUGUUAGAAGACAUCAACAAGAGUUGUCUAGCAGAGUUUCGACGGCACUGGGAAUGCCUUGAGAACAACAACCAUCAAUUAUGGCAAUGUCGACGGGCGGAGAGAGUUUUGAACAAAUGUGUAUUUGAGAAGAUUGGCCUGGAGAAGACGAUCCCAGAUACACCGAAAGGCCAAACCCCGGUCCAUUUACGUGACUAUCAAAUAUUUGCGAGGAACCCCAAGGUUGCAUGAUGAUAGCAUGCGGGACGCGUGAAGCUAAAGCGCCCUAGAGAGCAGACGAGUGACAUAAAGCUUCACCAGCAGCAAAAGCAGCCGCCACUAUGACCUCUGUAUCUUCGAUCGUCAGGUGUCUUUCAGGCGAAUAUGGCGAAACUCAAGGGGCGGCCAGAAAAACAUUGUACAUAUAUUCCAACACGCCCCUUAUCAGCGAGACGAUAGAAGGUCGAUGUGUUGGAAGUGAAUCUGUGGCAGGCCAAAAUCUUUGCUAUGAGCAUAAGCUUCCCCCAUAGAAUCUAGCAUUGGCUCUCUGCAAUGGGACAAUCUGUAGGCAAAGGAAUGAUACCAGCAAUCACCACACAGCAGAUGAUGGGGGACAGGAGUGACAACUAACGUUGAAAACUAUCAAACCGUAGGUAGGUAGUUUAGGCGUGACACCCUCCAGAACCUCGUUCCAU